AUUGGUCAACUGUCAAUCCUAUCUCUCUCUAGAAAUGACGCUGAAUCUACUACAAACCUGGCCAGAACCAAUUACUCGAGUCCAAACCUUAUCCGACAGUGGCUUAACCAUAAUACCUGACCGUUAUAUCAAACCACCAUCUCAACGGCCAAUAAUUACUACAUCCCCAAAACUAGACCACGUCCACAUUCCGGUAAUCGAUCUCUCCGGUUUAUUCUCGGACGACAAUAACCGGCACUUGAAAACAUUAGAACUCAUCUCGACUGCUUGUCGUGAAUGGGGAUUCUUCCAAGCAAUUAACCAUGGCGUUCCAAUUGAGCUUCUCCGAUUAACUCGACAAAUUUGGCGCGGUUUCUUUCACCUUUCUGUUGAGGAGAAGAAUAUUUAUGCGAAUUCUCCGGCGACUUACGAAGGUUAUGGUAGUAGGAUUGGGAUCGAGAAAGGGGCGAAACUCGAUUGGAGCGAUUACUUCUUCCUUCAUUAUCUCCCCGAGAAGAUUAGAGACGUGAAUAAAUGGCCUUCACUUCCCAUGUCUUGCAGGGAAGUGACAAGUGACUAUGGUAAAGAAAUGGUGAAACUUUGUGAGAGAAUCAUGAAGGGUUUAUCUUUGAUUCUUGGAUUACAAGAAAACUAUCUUCAAAAUGCAUUUGGAGGAAAAGAUUGUGGGGCUUGUAUGAGGGCGAAUUAUUAUCCCAAAUGUCCACAACCCGAUCUUACUCUAGGUCUCUCAUCCCACUCCGACCCGGGAGGACUCACGCUUCUCCUCCCGGACGACAAUGUCGUAGGACUCCAAGUUCGUCGGAAUGAUCUUUGGAUUACCAUUGAUCCGGUUCUUGAUGCCAUCAUUGUUAACUUGGGUGAUCAAAUUCAGGUCAUGAGCAAUGGGAUUUUCAAGAGUGUGGAGCAUAGGGUGAUUGUGAAUUCGGAAAGGGAGAGGGUUUCUAUUGCUUGCUUUUAUAAUCCAAGGGGAGAGAUUUAUGUUGAACCGGCUAAGGAGCUUUUGAGUGAAGACCGGCCGGCUCUUUAUCCCGGAAUGACAUUCAAUGAGUAUAGAUUGUUCAUUAGGUUGAAUGGACCUUGUGGAAAGUCACAAGUUGAAUCUCUUAGAUCUCCAAAAUAGUAUUAAUUAAUUACUUGUGUUUAAUUUAGAACAAGUUAGCUAGGGCUCUAAUAAUGUUUUUCUUAAGUCUCUAAUGUUUCAUGCAAUAAUGUAACUUCUCAUAUUAAUAAAGGGAUGAACCAUAACUUACUUGGUUGUUAUUACAGUGUUUUUCUUAAUGAAAAGACAAAAGUAUCUCUAGUUGGAAA